CUGACUCUUGAGACUCAAGUCCUUUUGGCAUAGCUGUUGAUUCUCUCCCAGGAUUAAAGUGCACCUUGGAAUGCCAAAGUUGAGAGCUGAGAGGAGCCUUAUAUAAAAAAAAUCCACUUCAUCCCUCUCAUUUUCCAAGUGUAGAAGCCAGGCCCUACACCUAGCCAUACCUGCAUUUCAGGGCCACAGACACUUUGUCAUCGCACUCUUUCCCCGUGCCAGGAAUGCCAUACUGGUUUAGCCCUCUCUGAGCCACAAUGGAUACUGCCAGCCAUAGCCUUGUCCUUCUGCAGCAGUUGAACAUGCAGCGAGAAUUUGGUUUUCUGUGCGAUUGCACAGUGGCCAUUGGAGAUGUGUACUUCAAGGCCCACAGAGCAGUGCUGGCUGCUUUCUCUAACUAUUUCAAGAUGAUAUUUAUUCACCAAACAAGUGAGUGCAUAAAAAUCCAGCCAACUGAUAUCCAGCCGGACAUUUUCAGCUAUUUGUUGCAUAUAAUGUACACAGGAAAAGGGCCAAAACAGAUUGUGGAUCACAGUCGUUUGGAGGAAGGGAUUCGAUUUCUUCAUGCUGACUACCUUUCUCACAUUGCAACUGAAAUGAAUCAGGUGUUCUCACCAGAGGCUGUGCAGUCCUCAAAUCUGUAUGGCAUUCAGAUUUCAACAACCCAGAAAGCAGCUGUCAAACAAGGGCUGGAGGUUAAAGAAGUGCCUCCCCCUGCCAGUGGAAACCGAGCUGCUACCCAGGGCGACCACCCCCAGUUGCAGCUCUCUCUCGCUAUUGGGCUGGAUGAUGGCACCACAGAUCAGCAAAGGGCCCAUCCUGAGGCCCAGGCCUUGGAGGAUCACCAGAAGCCCCCAGUGCCCAUCAAGCAGGAGAGAUGUGACCCAGAGUCGGUGGUCUCCCAGGGCCAUCCCUCACCCUCACCAGAGGUGACAGGCCCCUCUUUCACAGAGAACAGCAUCAAAGUACACUUGUGCCAUUACUGUGGAGAACGUUUUGACUCCCAAAGUAAUCUGAGACAGCAUCUCCAUACCCAUGUGUCUGGAUCUCUCCCAUUUGGUGUCCCUGCUUCCAUUUUGGAAAGCAAUGACCUCGGAGAAGUACAUCCACUUAAUGAGAAUAGUGAGGCUCUUGAAUGCCGAAGGCUCAGCUCCUUUAUUAUCAAGGAGAACGAACAGCAGCCCGACCACUCGAAGCGGGGUGCCACAGAGCCCUUGCAGAUCAGUCAAGUAUCUUUGAUCUCCAAAGACACAGAGCCAGUAGAAUUAAACUGUAAUUUUUCUUUUUCAAGGAAACGAAAAAUCAUUUGUUCCAUCUGUGGUCACCGAUUUCUCCGAAAGAGCCAGUUACUGGAACACAUGUAUACACAUAAAGGUAAAUCUUACAGGUACAGCCGAUGCCAAAGGUUUGGGAAUGCAUUGGCCCAGAGAUUUCAGCAGUACUGUGACAGCUGGUCUGAUGUCCCCCUGAAAGGCUCUCGCUUGUCACAAGAACGUUUAGACUUGCCCCGUGCCUUAGAGUCAGAGCUCACACAAGAAAACGUGGACGCUAUCCUGGUUGAGUAGCAGCACCUCAGACACUUUGUUCCAGUCCUGGACAAACACCUCCCUUGCCGUUUUUAUUCUUAAGUUAUUUUUCUCCUCGAGGUCUGUUGACUUUUAAAAUAAUCUACCCAUGAUUUUAAGGUCGUAUAUAUUAGGCUUUAUUAUUACAAAACAUGGCUAUUAAACUGUAACCUUCUGUUCAUUCUACAAACUUUUUAGAAAUUAAAUCAGUUUAGAAAUCAGAAGUUAAUAUAGAAAAAUAGAGACUUCAGAAUGAAUGGUUAUUUAUCUAUAAAAUCUUUUUAUUUUAGGUUGCAGAAUCAGUAUAAACUUGAACAUGAAGCAGCACAGAUCUGUUUUAAACAAUAUUCGAGAGUUUGGGAAAAUAGCUCAGUUAUAGUAUGUGCCUAGCAUGCAUGAGGUCCUAGGUUCAACCCCAGCCUAAUUUUUAAAAUGUUAUAAACUAUUACCUUUGUCUUGUGAUCCAUAUGAAUUAAAUCUGUAUGAGGACUUUUACAAUA